CACAAUCACUGCUGUAGUAGUAAUAUCAGGUCACAUUUGUAACGACCUGUUUCAAACUCACUACUCCCAUCCCAUCGAAUAUUCCGGCCAUGGACGGCGCCGGAAAGCAGCCGCUUCUCGAGAAGCGCGUUGGCGGCGGCGGAUUCUUGGAGAAUUUCGGCGUGGAGUCGAAGACGCUGUGGGGGAUUUCUGGGCCGGCGAUAUUCACCUACAUCUGUCAGUACUCGCUCGGCGCCCUCACGCAGAUCUUCGCCGGCCAACUCGGUGAGCUCGAGCUCGCCGCCGUCUCCGUCGAGAACUCUGUCAUUGCAAAUCUUGUUUUUGGCGCCAUGUUGGGAAUGGGAAGUGCUUUAGAGACAUUGUGUGGGCAAGCUUUUGGUGCAGGGCAGAUCAGGAUGCUUGGUGUUUAUAUGCAAAGAUCAUGGAUCAUCUUGCUCGCCACGUCGUUCUUGCUCCUUCCCAUCUACCUCUUUGCUGCUCCUAUCCUCACAUUCUUCGGGGAGUCUGAUGAGAUCUCUCAAGCUGCAGGUAGGUUUGCGAUUUUGAUGAUACCACAGAUGUUUGCGUAUGCGGUGAAUUUCCCUAUACAGAAGUUCUUGCAAUCGCAGAGGAAGCUCAUGGUAAUGGCAUGGAUCUCCCUCUUCGUUCUGAUUCUGCACACGUUCUUCAGCUGGUAUCUAAUCACGUACCUCGGGUGGGGGCUCGCUGGAGCUGCAAUCACUCUCAACGUGUCGUGGUGGCUCAUUGUGAUCUUGCAGUUGGUGUACAUCUUCUACACCAAGUCUGAUGGCGCGUGGAGUGGCUUCUCUUGGCUGGCCUUUCGUGACUUGUAUGACUUUGUGAAGCUCUCUCUGGCCUCUGCUGUCAUGUUAUGCUUGGAGGUAUGGUAUUUGAUGGGGUUGCUAGUGAUAGCAGGGUAUUUGGACAACCCUGUGAUACCGGUCGACGCCCUUUCAAUUUGCAUGAAUAUCAAUGGAUGGGAUGCAAUGAUCUCAGUUGGAUUCAAUGCUGCCAUAAGUGUGAGAGUCGCCAACGAGCUCGGGGCAGGCAAUGCAAGGGCUGCAAAGUUCUCGGUGGUGGUGGUGUCGAUCACCACCAUCUUGAUCGGGGUGGUUUGUAUGGUUACUGUGUUAGCCACGAAGGAUUUCUUCCCUUACCUCUUCACAAAUAGUGAUGCGGUGGCAAAGGAGACGACAAGGCUAUCUACUCUCCUCGCACUCACUGUCUUACUCAACGGCCUUCAGCCCGUCUUAUCCGGGGUUGCCGUGGGAGCUGGAUGGCAAUCGAUUGUGGCAUACAUCAACAUUGGGUGUUAUUACCUUGUGGGACUACCACUCGGGAUACUCUUAGGCUUUAUUUUCGACUUUGGCUCUGUGGGAAUUUGGGGUGGAAUGAUUGGAGGAAUUUGUCUGCAGACUGUGAUCUUGAUAGGCAUCGUAUCAACUAGAAAUUGGGAAAAAGAGGCCAAUGAGGCAGAGAGCCGUGUCAAGAAAUGGGGUGGAAAUCAUGCCAACCAAUACUGAUGAUGCAGUUUUUUUCUUCAGAUUUUCAAUUUUUAAAAAAUAUUUGGAAAAUUUUGGGAUUUUCUGUUAUGAUUGGGAUUUAAUUAUAAAAUUUUGGAUUUCCAAAGUCAGUUUUUAUAUAUUUUUAGUUGGUGUGUAUUAAUACCUAUCAAAUUUUCAGAAUUUCAUAUCGGUCUAAACACUCAUAUAUGUAAAUUUCAACUAUAGCUUAUUUAUUUAUGUUUUUGUA